GAGAAAGCGGGGGCCACCUGGCCUGUCUGGAGAGUUUAAGCAGAAAGAUGUGGCAGCUUGUCUGGGGCCACCAGGAAAAGAGCUGGAAUCCUGUGCUAACAGGAGAGUGGCUCAGGCCUGGGGACAAGAAGAGGGCGUGGGGCCAGCCAGCAGGAGCAGCGGGCUGCACAACAUCACCUUCAGAUAUGACAACUGUACCACCUACCUGAAUCCGGCGGGGAAGCACGUGAUUGCUGAUGCCCAGAACAUCACCAUCAGCCAGUAUGCGUGCCACGACCAAGUGGCAGUCACCAUUCUUUGGUCUCCAGGGGCCCUUGGCAUUGAAUUCCUAAAAGGAUUUCGGGUAAUACUGGAGGAGCUGAAGUCGGAGGGAAGACAGUGCCAACAACUGAUUUUAAAGGAUCCAAAGCAGCUCAACAGUAGCUUCAAAGGAACUGGAAUGGAAUCUCAGCCUUUCCUGAAUAUGAAAUUUGAGACGGAUUACUUUGUAAAGAUUGUCCCUUUCCCUUCCAUUAAAAACGAGAGCAAUUACCACCCGUUCUUCUUCAGAACCCGGGCCUGUGACCUGUUGUUACAGCCAGACAACCUGGCCUGUAAACCCUUCUGGAAGCCUCGGAGCCUGAACAUCACCCAGCACGGCUUGGACGUGCAGGUGUCCUUCGACCACGCACCACACAACUUUGGCUUCCGUUUCUUCUGUCUUCACUACAAGCUCAAGCAUGAAGGACCCUUCAAGCGAAAGACCUGUAAGCAGGAACAAAAUACAGAGACAACCAGCUGCCUCCUUCAAAAUAUAUCUCCAGGAGAUUAUAUAAUUGAGCUGGUAGAUGACACUAACACAACAAGAAAGGUGGUGCAUUAUGCCUUGAAACCAGUGCAUUCCCCGUGGGCUGGGCCCAUCAGAGCUGUGGCCAUAACUGUGCCGCUGGUUGUCAUAUCAGCAUUUGCGACGCUCUUCACUGUGAUGUGCCGCAGGAAGCAACAAGACAAUAUAUAUUCACAUUUAGAUGAGGAGAGCACUGAGUCCUUCACGUAUACUGCAGCAGUUCCCAGGGAGCGGUCCCGGCCACGGCCCAAGGUCUUCCUGUGUUAUUCCAGUAAAGAUGGCCAGAACCACAUCAAUGUCGUCCAGUGCUUUGCUUACUUCCUCCAGGACUUCUGCGGCUGUGAGGUGGCUCUGGAUCUGUGGGAAGACUUCAGUCUCUGCAGAGAAGGGCAAACAGAAUGGGUCAUCCAGAAGAUCCAUGAGUCCCAGUUCAUCAUUGUAGUUUGUUCCAAAGGCAUGAAAUACUUGGUGGACAAGAAGAACUACAAACACAGAGGAGGCGGCCGAGGUUCAGGGAAAGGCGAGCUCUUCCUGGUGGCAGUAUCGGCCAUUGCUGAAAAGCUCCGCCAAGCCAAGCAGAGUUCAUCUGCAGCACUCAGCAAGUUCAUCGCUGUCUACUUUGAUUAUUCCUGCGAGGGAGAUGUGCCCUGCGUUCUGGACCUCAGCACCAAAUACAAACUUAUGGACAACCUUCCCCAGCUCUGUUCCCACCUACACUCGGGAGACUAUAAUUUCCAGGAGCCUGGGCAGCACCCAGGACCUGGAAGCAGAAGGAACUACUUCCGGAGCAAGUCGGGGCGCUCUCUGUAUGUUGCCAUAUGUAACAUGCACCAGUUUAUCGACGAGGAACCUGAUUGGUUUGAAAAGCAGUUUGUACCCUUUCAUCCUCCUGCCCUGCACUACCGAGAGCCAGUCCUGGAGAAGUUUGACUCAGGCUUAGUUUUAAAUGAUGUCAUUGGCAAACCUGGGCCAGAGGGUGAUUUCUGCCUAAAGCCUGAGGCUGCUGUUCUAGGGGCCACAGUGCCUGCAGACUCACACCCACAGCCAGAGAAUCCAUGUGGGGCCUUGGACCGGGAUGCUGAGGUCCCGACACCCCAUGAUGGGGUUUCCACCCUUCAGCCCCUGCUACUUGCAGUGAAAGCUGGCGGCCCUUCGGACAUGCCAAGGGACUCGGGCAUCUACGAUUCCUCCGUGCCCUCCUCUGAGCUCUCUCUGCCUCUGAUGGAGGGACUCUCAGCUGACCAGACAGAAACGUCAUCCCUAACGGAGAGCGUGUCCUCCUCCUCAGGCCUGGGUGAGGAGGAUCCUCCUGCCCUUCCACCCAAGCUCCUUGCCUCUGGAGUAUGGAAAGCGGAACUUGGUUGCCACAGCUACACUGACGAGCUCCAUGCCGUCGCCCUCUUGUAACAAAAUGGAAGAGCCUAAGCAUUGCCACUUUAGCUGCCGCCUCUGGUUCUCCAGCUCAUCUCUGUGGUUGCAUCACCUCCUUGGAGCUGAGUACUCAUACCAGGAUGUUUUCAGUGAAGAUUUGGCCAGUACUCAGUCCCCUGGCCCCAGCUAUCUUGGUGAAGUCGCCAUUUCUCUAAGACCAUACACAGAGCUCCAAAGGGCCUGUCUGUGGGGGCCAACAGCAACUUGCUCUGUUAGGUCUCUCUUUGCAUCAGACCCUGUUCUGGCAGGUAGGAGGAAACAGAAAUAGGAAAAUACCUGCCCUGACCAUUCCGACUUCAAUGAGUUCUGUGUAUUUUGCCUGUGUAGUGUUUGCUACUUUGGUAUGGAAUGCUGUGUGGAAAAAACUUAAAUGUCAUUAUAGCCACAGAAAUCAAGUGCCAGUCUCGCCGGAAUCCAUGCCGUAUUACAGAUGAUAUUCCUGUCUGGUUUCAGUGCGGAGUAUUAGAUAAGCUUUGAGCGAAAGGUCAGGAGAGUGACUGAUCAUUCAAUAUACCUUUCUAAAAAAAUGUCCCUAUGUGUUACAGGGCAACUUGGCUGGCCGAGGUGGGGGUCCCAGCCCUGCGAUGAUGUCAGAUCUCGACCUUACCAUCUCGGCUUUCCCCUGGUCUGAGUGGGUUACAGUUACCGUGCUGUGGCUCAUAGGGUGGUGUCUGGAAGUUUGUUUUAAGUGACUCUUUCUGAGCAGGGCCACUUUAUUGGAAGUUGCAGUCUGUGCUUCAGUUGCCUUGUCCAAAGCCGUGUCCUGAAUAUUAGAGAUCAGAAUUCACUGAAAUGCAGCAGUGUAUGGAGGUGGUGGCCAGUAAUCUGCUGGGACUGGUUUUGACUGAUGACAGGCCUCUUUUUAAGAAGGUAGGAAGGACUGAACUGUCAUAAAAGCAAAUGUCCUAUUUUUAUGAAUGACUUUUUAUAAAAAACAAAUUUGUUUCGAAAGGGAAAGCAUUUGUUCAUAUUCCACUUGUUUAACGUGUGCAGUGGUGCCUUAGUCUCCUUUGUGGAAGCACAGGGCCUCCCUAUGCUGUGGAGCACGCACGAGUAUCUUUCUCCACCCUUUUUCAUGGGUGCUUUCGGGAUUUGACUGCCUGUUUUCUCAGCAGUCAGCCCAGGGACUAGAGCUUUCACUCUUUCAUCAGUUAGGACCAGCGUGGUGGGAGAUGCCAAGAAACAUCCCAAGGUGGGGAGGGAGGUGGGUGGGCUGGACUUUUCCUCCCGAGCACAUGCUGAGCAGGUGGAAAAGGGGAAAACCUGCACUCUUGCUGGAAAGAAGAGGUUUUGUGUGUAUUUUGGCUGCAGAUGCCCCACUCCCUGUUCUGUAAAGGCAGCUGGCCGCCUUUUGGGAGAAGAACGUGCUCGUCUGUUCUCCGGCAUCAAAUUUCCUGCAGCUGCUCUGAAGGAGCAGCAGUGAGCUGGAAGCCUGUCUCCCCCUAAAACCAGGCAUGUUGGUAGAGGAAAGAGUUCCCAUGUUGUCACCACGCUGUCUAUGACAACUGCACAGCUCCUUUGGGUCCAUCCUCAGUGUGCAUUCUGUGGGAGACAUUGAUGGGUCUGAACUUGCUAACUUACAAAACUCACUUGGAAUAAGAUUUCUCACUGAGUCCAAGAGAUGUUUUUGUGCCCCCAGAGGAACCAGUGGGAGCUGCUUUUGGUUGUAGAUAAUCAUCUUUUCAUGUGAAAUGAGACAUCUCUGAGAAAGUGUCUCCAGAGACAGCCUGCAGGACUGGGGGAAGGAGCACCAACUGGGCCCCAAGGGUGUGGGCAGAGGGGCUUGCUUCACGGGUUCCCUUGGGAGGAAAAAGGCGGGGACAGAGUGCUAAAGGGGAUUUUAAGUUUGGGUUUAGGGCUUGGAUUCUUAUUUUGAAACAUGAGUGUGUCUGAUCAACAAACUCAAACUCUUAAAAGAUCAGAUGCUCAAAGUGCGGUAUGAUUGCCUAACUCAAUACAUUAUGUGUUAAAUCUCACUUCCUACUUUUGCUUCAUUAGUUUUGCUAUUUUUCCCACCCUCCCCAUUGUGCUGGGAGUAGGAAGAGUUGUCUUGGAGAUGAAGGCUAAACAUCCGUUCCAAGCAGAUUCCAUAUUUUCACUCCGAAAAUGUCACAGACAGUGGAAAUGAUAAGAUGGAAUCCAGAAAAAGAUUCUGGUUUCUGGAUGUUGGGAAGCAGCAAUUAGGUUAUAGCAGUGAUUUCACUGACAGGCCUCGAUCUGAGAGUAAACGUGGAUAAGUGUGAUGAUGUCCUCUGAAAAGGAAACCAGGGCUCUAGAAAACCAAGGCUGACAGCCAGGCGCUAGUUUUUCACCAUAAUUCAUCGAUAUUUCCGGGAAAGGAUUUAGUAUCUGAUGCUGUCAGCUUUAUUGGGAGAGUGACUGUGGAAGUUAAAGCCCGCAUGAGCGUGUGCUGUGCUCCGAUAAGUUGACUGUAAGUAACAGACUUCCUCGGGGGGCCUGCCCAGCCACAUGGGAAGCAGGAGCUUGCUGUCCAGCGGUCUGGGACUGGGCCUCGUAAGCACAUGGAUCUCCAGAAAGAGUAACAAAUCCUUCUAGUUCACGCCCAGGUAUUUGGCUUCAGACUCCACUAGGUAAUAACAGUAUUUUGAGUCACAAAUGAGACUGGCUAAAAUGGGAGUUCUGUUGACAUGUUGUUGGUAUUAACUGAAGACAUUCCCAGAUCAGAUAUUCAAAAAAAUGUCUUUAGCAAUGAGCUGUCGUUGGAAUAAGUGUAUAGUAAGUUACAGAUAUUUAAGUUCAUAUAUGUUUGUCAAAGUUUGGUCUUGCUAUUCCAACAAACGCAGUUUUUUGGCUUUGUUUUUUACUGUCCCAUACUCUUGGGUCCCCUGAUUUAUGUGCAACUAAACACAAUGUAUUAGAACAUUCCUCAGAGCCACAUGAUUUUGAGGGUUUUAUUUUCUUGCGUUUGAAUAUUUCUUUCCUUUAAAAGAAACAGAAAGGGGGAAAAAGCUAUUUUAUUCUUGAUGAAGAAAUGACACAACUUCCUCCUAAAAGACAGAAAAUCCUGCAGCCCCUGGCACUAUAACCUUCUCAAAAAGAAAGCAAUCACACUGUCUUUAUGGGAGAGGCAGGCAGUGCCAGUGUGAAGAACACUAGGUUUUUCUGCUGCUCUGUUUAGCAUAUCCUGUGCCUUCAGGGGCCGCCAAGUGUAAGGCAAACAGCUGUGUGGUGACAGAUGGUGGCAGCCUUCCUCCUCCUCAUCAUCAGGGACGCCAGGCACCGUGAGCCCACGGCAGACCCAAGAGUGUCUGUGCAUCUUACAGGUGGCAGCUGCUACAGUCAGAGAGGCCAAACAUUUCCUGAUAUUGUUGUUUCUCAAGAGAAGCUGAAAACUUUUUAUUUUUAUUUUAUUUUAUUUUAUUUUAUAUUGGCAACUAAAAUUUAAAAGUAUUUAAAGUGAAUUCAGGACCAACAGAACACAUGGAUGGACCUAAUUUGGCCCAUUGGCUGCCAGUUUGUGACUUGUGCUUUAAAAGAUUAGAAGUCAGGGCUGGGGAUUGAGCUCAGUGGUUCCGCCACCUGCCUCACAAACACAAGGUCCUGAGUUCGAUCCCUGGUUCCAAGAAAAGAAAAAUUUGAAGUCAGAGCCAACCUACAGUAGUUAUAAUUGUUGGCUGCCAUCAGGAAAUGCUGCUGCUAAAUACAGCCAGUAGCUGAAUUCUUUUCUUUUAUCUCUCCUUCAAAGAAAUUUCACGGGAUUCUGAAAUGCAUUUGGAAGGUUUUGAUUGCUUCCCUUAACAUUUUGCAAUGUCUUUUUAAAAUUUUUAAAAUUAUUAGUACAUGUUUGUAAUACAUAAAGUUAUGUGCCAAUUUCUAAGUCAGAUUUAUAUUCUCCCAAUAUAAAAAAUAUAAUGCUUAGAAUAAUUUCAUUUAAACACUGCAGCCUAGGGCUGGGGAUUUGGGUCAGUGGU